AUGAACCACCAACAUUUGAUCGACCGCGCGUACGGUACCAUCUCCAAAGAUGCUCUUAGACGUGCGACCGCGUCGAGCCUCAUCCACGCGAUUCAGCCUUCCACCCUGAACUUCAGUCAACGCCUGCCUGGUAAGGACGAUCCGCACGAGCGCGUACCGGCGCACAUAUCAGGCGUCAAUGCCAUCACAAUCGACAAGUUCGAAGGCAGAUACUUGCUCUCUGGAGGCGCCGAUUCAUCGGUUGCAAUAUGGGACCUAGAGGCGCAAGCCGCCGCGACUGAAGCCGGUGAUACGCACUUGCCUCUCUCUGCCGUGAAGAAAACCACAGAGGAGCACAAACUAGGAAUCACGCAAUUGUGCUUCUAUCCUUUCGACUCCCUCGCCUUCCUCACAUCUUCGUAUGAUCAUACAGUCAAGCUCUACUCCAGCGAGACGCUCGCUCCGUCAGCAGUGUUCGACCUCGAUGCUGUUGUUUAUAAUAUUGCACUAUCGCCCAUUGCCGACCAUUUGCUCGUCGCAUGCGCCACGCAGGCACCCAACGUACGCCUCGUAGACCUCAGGUCUGGCGCAAAUACCCACAGCUUAGCGGGCCACACAGGCGCGGUCCUGUCAACAGCAUGGAGCCCAGUUCGCGAACACAUCCUUGCCAGCGGUGCUACAGACGGCAGUGUACGGUUUUGGGACAUUCGGCGGAGCGUAGGCGAGUUAGGUGUUCUCGAUCUCGAAGACUCGAUUGGCACACAAGGCAAGACAACGUCUUCAUUCUCGCGCAACUCGUCGCGAGGACAGGCACACAGGGGACCUGUCAACGGCAUCGUGUGGACCGGAGAUGGCCACCAUCUGGUAACGUGUGGCCACGACCAACGCAUCCGAGUAUGGGACACAGAUACAGCCGCCAACACGCUCGCGAACUUUGGCCCAAUGGUCAAGAACAACGGCCUCGCCCCCUGCAUUCCUGUCUUGCCGCCUGCGCACAAUUUCCAGCCAGGCGCAGAUCUUAUGUUCUACCCCAACGGCCACGAAGUUCUUGCUUAUGAGCUCUUCGAUGGGAAGCUGUUGCGCCGUCUUCGCCGCCAGGAGCAGCAAAAGCGCCUGCCAGAUGUGCCUGCAGCUGGAAAAGGAGAUCGGAACGCGAAAGACAGGAUCACGGCACUGGCGUGGCGGGCGCAUGACGUCGAAAUGUACUCAGCGCAUGCAGAUGGGAGCAUAGUGGCGUGGAAACCACGGACCGAGGAAGACGCGGAACUGGACGAAGAAGAGGAGGAAGAGAGGCGUGGGAAGGAGGAGGGAAAGAAGAGGAAGAGAGGCGUGCUGGAUGAGAUAUAUGGGAGCUUGAUGAAGAAGCCCAUCACUUUUGGGAGCAUGGGAUUUUGA